AUUUUAACUAUAUGAUAGUAUCACUGAUUUUCAGUUUUGACAUGAAAUUGCAUUUCAGUAUCGAAUAGUAACCGGCGCGCAGUUCAAAAGCAUAAAGACGAAAUGUAUGAUAAAAUUAUUAGGCAUAAUAUCCCGCUCCUAACUGAAAAUGUCGAUAUCUAUUUAUUCUGUACUCCGAAUUGUUAACAUUACAGUAGUGUCUUUUCUUCAACCCCCCUACCCCUUUAACCGGCUUACCUGCUUUCGCCGAGCGAGGACCACCCCUUACUAAUUACCAACAAAUCGAUAAUCAUCGAUGAGGGCCGUGCACGAGGCUCUUCGGAGCAGUCUAGGCUCGUCGGUGAACGAGGCAACAUUAGAAAUUGCGGUUCCUUCGAUCGUACGAAAUAUACACAAUAUCGUGACGUUAUCACAUCCACUUGUUCGUAUCUUUCAUUCGUAUAUUUUUAGUUCGCAGUAUAUUUUGAAUAUUUCUCGUAAAACGACAUUAGAGUGAUGGACUUGAAUCAAACGCAAAAUUCUACAGAUUCAGUACUGUUAUUUAAAAAGCAAAAUGUAUUACAAAGUUUAUUUAACUUAGAGUUACCGAACAGUAAUCGCAAGUAUGACGUAAAUGAUUGACUAAUGGUCUAUUUGGUGUCGUAACUGAUAGAUAUAGUUUUCAGUGCAAAAUCUUGAUGAGUACGAAAAAGUUUACGAUUUUUCGUUAAUGAAAAGAAGUUCGUGAAAUUUCUCGCCGCCGAUCUUGCGGAUAAAAUGGAGAAAUAUGAAAAUAUCGAGAUAGUAGGUGAGGGAAGCUACGGACUCGUGAUGAAGUGCAAACAUCGUAAAAGCGGGCAAAUAGUAGCAAUAAAAAAGUUUCUAGAAACGGAGGAAGACAUCCAGGUGCAAAAAAUGGCGUUUCGAGAAAUAAGGAUGUUGAAGAAAUUACAUCAUGAGAAUCUCGUGAACAUGAUUGAGGUGUUUCGUCGGAGAAAACGGCUGUACCUUGUCUUCGAAUAUCUUGAUCACACCGUGCUCAAUGAAUUGGAGGAAAAUGAAAAUGGUCUUGGCUGGGAGAAAUCGAGACGAUAUAUAUUCCAAAUACUUCGCGGCUUGGACUUCUGUCACAAUCACAGAAUCAUGCAUCGCGACGUAAAGCCCGAGAACGUACUGGUGUCGCCGAACGGCGUGAUCAAGCUCUGUGAUUUCGGUUUCGCGCGCUACGUCAGCGGACCUAACGAGUCCUGUACCGAUUACGUGGCGACGAGGUGGUAUCGCGCACCGGAGCUUCUUGUCGGCGAUUCCAGGUAUGGCAGAGAGAUCGACGUUUGGGCGGCCGGAUGCAUCUACGCCGAGAUGGUCACUGGUAAACCGCUCUUUCCUGGUGACAGCGACGUCGAUCAGCUGUACCGCAUCAUGAAGGUACUCGGUCCUCUCUCUGGCAAGCAGCCGGCGAACAGCAGCGGCAAACACAUAAUUCUCCUCAGGCAUGCGAAACCUGACGAGACUGUUGGCUCAGCGCGAUCCACGACCCUUCGAGAUCUCUUCUCAACGUGGACCCCGGUGGCGAUCGACUUUCUGACACAGUGUCUUCGCAUAGAUCCCACCGUCAGACCGAAGUGUCUCGUGCUGCUGCAGCAUCCGUUCUUUUUACAAGACGGUUUCGCCGACAGAUUUCUCGGCGAGUUGCAGCGACUCGUCGCGAAAGAAUCCGCGAUGAAUCUGCUCGGAACUAAGAGGACGAAUAUGACGGCCUCCAGAAUCUGUCGCAGCAGUAUCGGAAGGUGGCAGAUGACGUUACUCAAAGAGAGGGUAGCGUCGAAUCACAACACAGAAUCGGAGACCACGGAGAGCGAGAAUUCUCCGGGAGAUCAAGUUAAUACGAAUACCAUGAGUAAACUGCAAAUAAGCCGACCGCGCGAAUUAUGUUACAUCGGACCGGUCUCAGUAAUACCGAACACCACGUAUAUUCGACGGCUGGAGCACAAGGGGCUUCUGAUCCCUGAAUCGAAGGGCUGUGUCUUGCCGGCUUUGACGUCCAAGACGAACGCCAAGAGGAAAAAGCUCGAGCUGCCUGGCCUGAAGAAUCGUUGAUCGUGCUCAAUAAAAUAGCACAAUCUUCUUUUCUACAUUAAUAUCGAGGAAAGAGCGAGAGAACUGUACAGAGAAACCAUUAUGUGCGAGACGUGGCGCGCGCAUGUACAUAACUUUAUAUUUUACACAUUCUGUAAAUGGAUUAACAUAAAUGUAAAAUGUCAACAGUGUGUUUGUAAAGUCUGACACAUUCCCUCUGCAAAGAAAGAGCAUAAACAUUGAGAAGGCUGUGUUUUAGUUUAUACAAAAUAUACCGACAAAUCCACACGUUCAAGAUUUUUUAAAUAAUCUAUUGACUUAUCUCACGUCUGAAAUACAUACACAGAAAAAAAGAA